CCCUUUCUCCUUUAACAAACCAGUGUGCUCUCUCUGGCCCUCUCCUGUCUCCAGCCUCUCUCGCACCCUCCCCGGCCUACUUCUCCCUCUCUUUCAAGGAAGACAACAUCAGAUUUUUCCGACAGGGCCUGCCAGUAUGCCACCAGGAGAUCAAGGAAGGAGUACUCCUGGAAACAUCGCUGAUGGGGAUGUACCAAGGAGACGCCGCCCUAUAUUCGUCAGCAGGCGUUGUCCAGAGAAGAUCAGCCCUGAAAACUUGAAGUUUGAACGUCGAGUAGCUGAAAUCCAGGCUAGGCAGGAAGAGGAACAGAAACAGAUGACUGCUGCUUUCAUGGGAUCAUUGAGUUUCACAGUAUGUUAUCCUUAUUCCGAAACUUUGUCAGACGAUCAUGUGCAAGAUGGAGAAAGCAUAGCAUGGAAUGUUAUCGAUGAUAUUCAUGUCACAUCAACACCACUGUUACUUAAAGAUAGCACUCAGCAGGGUGAAGGACAACUUCUAAAAGAUUCAGCAAAUAAGCCACCUGAUGAUACAGAUUUCUUGGAAGGUACUUUUUACAAGAUAAAUUUGGAUAAGCAGAAAGCUACCAUUACAAGAAAUAAGAAGAGCAGCAAAAAACCGAAGAAGAAAAAGGGCAAGGGCAAAGGUAAGGGCAGAAAGGAGUCAUAUGCUACAGAAAUGCAGAGUGAGCCACCCACCCAACCUUGUUCCACAUGCGCUGCUGCGACCGGUGGCGAAACCUUGGCAUCCUCGUCCAGCCGUGUUGCCGUUCAUGUACCACAGUUGGGAUACAGUUCUUCAUCCUCCAGCUCUCGGGUGACAGCAAAACUUAUCAAUACUCCGGCUGUCAACAGUCCAUCUUCUGGUAAUGAGAAGGAACCAUCAGUUUCUAGCAGUACUGAUGACUUCAAAAGUUUUAAAAGCACGACUUCAUAUGCCACAGCUGCUAGUUCAUCUGUGAAUGAUUAUGCUGGCAGCUUGUCAGAUGCGAGAAGUGAGCGGUCAUUGUCUGCAUCAGAUUCCACAGAUUCACGAGGUUUUAAGAAGACAAGUGGUGAAGGAAACAAACCAAAUGUUGACCAAAGCUUCAGUUUAGCAGUCAGUCGUGGUUGUAGUCAAGAAGCCUUGCUUUGCAGCGAUUAUGCCAGUAAUGAUGGUGAUUUUCAGAAAGUAGUCUCCAGGAAAUCAGCACAGAAAAUGAAAAAGAUGCAACGACUGGAAAGUUCUGCUCCUAGUUCUACCAUGGCUGCUUCAUCAGGACCUACUAUAGCUCGUGAACUUGUCCCAAGAGCUCCAUUCCGUGAGGUUAUUACAAUAGGACAUUACAUAAAUGAUGUUACCUUCUAUGGCAGAAAACCAAAUCAGAGAAAGGGUAAAUACCAGAAGGCCCGCAGUUUGAGUAACCUGUCAAAGACUGGUUAUACUGAUGGAGAUGUUUCUGGUAGCAACGACACAAUGCUUGUUAUAACGACAGUGCACCAAGCAAAACCCAGGAGUAGUCAUCAUGUCACCCUAGAGGCUAUCGAGGAAACUAAUUCUCCAAGAUGUCGUCCCAAGGAAGGAGAGUUGAAAGCUAUGGCUCCGCCAGUUGGUGAUGGCAUCAAAGGCACAGAUUCCAAGGCACCAUCUUCUGAUAAAUCUUGUUCACUGGGUAGUCUGGCUAAUUCUUCAUGUGCUAAUAAUAAGGGGGGACAGAAAAAAGAUGUGGCUCUAGAUGGCGGUGACUCCGGAGACACAAUAGCACCAUCUUCUGAUAAAACUUCAUCAAAAGGUCAUCUGGAUAUUUCUUCAUGUGUUGACAGGAAACAACAGAAAAAAGCUGUGGCUCUAGUUGAUGGUGGCACUGAAGACAUAGAUUCCAGAGCACCAACUUCUCAUAAAACUUCGUCACUGGGUCAUCUAGUUAAUUUUUCAUGUGUUGAUAGGGAAGAACAGAAGAAAAAAGCUACGGCUCUAGUAGGUGGUGCCACCCAAGAUAUAAAUUCCAGAGCGCCAACUUCUGAUAAAACUUCAUCACUGCUGGGUCAUCUGGUUAGUUCUUCUUGUGCUGAUAGGGAAGAGCAGAAGAAAAAAGCUAUGGCUCUAGUUGGUGGUGGUGGUGGCACCAAAGACAGAGAUUCCAGAGCACCAACUUCUGAUAAAACUUCAUCACUGUGUCAUCUGGUUAAGUCUUCAUGUGUUGAUAGGAAAGAACAGAAAAAAGCUAUGUCUCCAGUUGGUGGGGACUCCAAAAACACAGAUUCUAGAGCAGUACCUUCUGAUAUAACUUUGUCACUAUGUCAUCUUGCUAUUUCUUCAUGUGCUGAUAGCGAAGAACAGAAGAAACAAGAGAACAGAAUAGCAUUUAGUACUCAUGCAUCAUCUCAGUUGGAUAAGAUUAUUAAGGCUGCUAAUUAUGUAUAUGAAAUUCAAGCAGCAUCUGAUGUGUACAUGAUCAGUGGUAUCCAUGCCGAUAUUGAAACCUUUUUACAUGCGGCCACCCCAGUCAUUGGACAGAUAUCUUGCACAAAAAGUAAAAUCAGCUUGCAAGACCAGCGUUUGUGGAGCGUCUGGCGCUGGUAUGAACAACCCGAGUGCUAUGGGAUUGAGGUACAGAAGGAGGGAAAGAUAAACUCUAUUUGGCCAGAAUUUUCUACAUAUUUUCGACCUCUUCUAUCUGCGGUUCAGUUGUUUGGUCAGUCAGGGAAGUCACCAAAUCAUGGCGGACUCAUCUUCGAGUACUUAGAAAUGGAGAAUCCCUUUUCACGGCCUCCAAUUUUCACCAAGAUCAAACAGCUUCGCGACGGCGUAAACCUUUCUGGUAAUCCAAUAUUUGGGGAUCCUAAGCAACUUGAAAGUGUCAAGCUAUCUGAUCUUCAUCCAGCUUCCUGGUUCUCUGUUGCUUGGUACCCUAUUUGUCAGAUACCAGCAGCUGCAGGGAGCUGCCAAGCUUCAUUCCUGACAUACCACUCCCUAGGAAAAUUGGUUCCACAAACUUGCUCUACGGAUAAGGCUGUUGGGCAUGAUCCUAUAAUUUGUCCGAUUGUCGGUCUGCUUGGUUACAAAGAAGAGGGAGAGAAGUGGUUUCAACUUCGACGACAACUAAGGUUCAAAUCAAGACCAAAUGUUUCCUCUAAAUCUAAAAUCAACCAUGCUGAACUUCUGAAUAAGAGGCUGAGGGCACUGAAGCAAGGUGCAUCAAUCAUGUCGAAGGCAGUGAUGCCAAGGGCAUCUGGAAACUAUCAUUCAGAUUACACAUUCUUUCAGUCAAGAUUUCAUUAGUUUGCAUGCACAUUAUGUAUGUAUGUAUGUAUGGGGUGUAUCGAAUGGACUCUAGUCCAUUCAGUACCUGCAGUGUCUCCAUACUACUAAUCUACCCUUGCAUGACCAACUUAAGUUUCGCAUUAAUUGGGGCUGCUUCAAACAAGUUGAUGAGUUUGAGUUUUUUUUCUAGUACUAGUACAAUAAUACCCAGAUGACAUGGAGUUUAAGUUGGAUGUUUUAUGUGUUCCAAAUCCCUGAUAUAUAUAUUGUUGUUGCUUU